UUUCGCGCUAUCCCGCGCGGGAAACUUGCCACGUGCGAUAGCGCGCGCGGUAUAAACACGCCACGCGCGAGCGCGGGCAACUGUCACUUCCUCCACGCGUCUCUCUCCCUCCUCGUCUCUCUCCCUCCCGCGCCGCUCCACCUCCGGCCGCUCCGCCUCCUCCCGCGCCGCUCCACCUCCGUCCGCGAGAUGCCUCCGCGCCGCCGCCCCUCCUCCGGCUACCACGGCGUCCGGGCGCGGCCGAGCGGCCGGUUCGACGCGGAAAUCCGCUCCGGCGAGGAGCGGAUCCGCCUCGGCACCUUCGACACCGCGCACGAGGCGGCGCGGGCGUACGACGCCGUCGCGUGGCGGCUCGGCCGCUCGCGUCGGUCGAUGAACUUCGACAAUGUCUUCACGCGCGAGCAGGCGGAGAUGCUGGCGCCGCCGUCGCCGAUGAUCACGCGCGAACAGCAGCGCCGCCAUCGGGAGCUGGAGCAGCGCCUCCCCAUCGCCGAGCGCGUCGAAUGGGCGCGGCGCUUCCCCGAGGACGUCGCCGCCACGGAGGCCUUCUACGCGCAGAAGGAGGAGGACAAGGCGGCGAUGAAAGCGAAGAAGAAGGCGAGCCGCGAGAAGCGCCGCGCCGAGUCCGCGGCGAGGAAGAAGGCGAGGACCGACGCGGCGGCGAGGAGGAAGGAGGAAAGGAAGAACACCGCAGGGCCGUCGACCGUCGUCCUCUCGUCCUCCUCCGACUUCCAGUACACGACGACGUCGACGCCGGUGUCGGACACGACACUGAGCAGCUCCGACUUCGACUGGGAGUCCGACGACCAGUCCGAGUAG